AUGGGUACCCCAGUUGCCCCAGUAGUUGCCAACUUAUGGAUGGAGUAUUUUGAAGAGCUCGCCACCUCAUCUAUACCCAUACAAGUUAGGUUUUGGAAAAGGUACGUGGAUAAUGUUUUUGCUGUCAUGCAGGGCGGUGAAAAAGAGGUGCAACAAUAUCUGGCACUUUUGAAUGGUAUUCACCGGAAAAUGACCUUCACAUACGAAAUGGAGAAAGAUCGGUCGCUUCCAUUCUUGGAUGUCCUAGUCAAGGUCCGACUAGAUGGUAGUUUUAGUCACACUGUUUACCGGAAGCAGACACACACGGACAGAUAUUUACAUGGCUCUUCGCAUCACCAUCCACGACACCUUGCGUCAGUGGCUACCACCCUCUUCAAUCGCGCACAGGACCUUUGUGAUGACGUUAACAUCCAGGCUGAGCUGGAACAUAUAAGCAAGGUGUUACGUCGAAAUGGUCAUAAGCCCCUUGUAUUAAAAAAUAGUUCACAUCAACGGAGAGAACGACCUUUGGAAGUCGAAAGAAGAAUGGCCUACUUACCUUUUGUUAAAGGGGUAACUGAUAAAAUUGGAUCGUUCCUAAGGAAAAAUACAACAUCAACACUGUGUUUACUCCUUUACAAAAGAUCGCCCACAUGA